CUCUCCCCCCUCCCGAGCGGCCUCUCCUCGCCUCGAUACCGGGGUCUAUCGGCCAGCAGAGCGCGCCCCGGCCACUCCGCUCGUUCUUUCCGUCGCGGCCUCGCAUCCCUCGCCUCGUGGUCCUCGCUGGUCUGCUCUGCCCUCUAACAAGGCCAAAAUGAAUCGGGAAAAGCUAGCAAGGAUGCAGCAGCAGGUGCGCAUUGGGGGUAAGGGUAGUGUACGAAGGAAGAAGAAGAUCGUACACCGCUCCUCUGCCACUGAUGACAAGAAAUUACAGAGCUCCCUCAAGAAGCUCACAGUUAAUAACAUUUCUGGUAUUGAGGAGGUAAACAUGAUCAAGGACGAUGGAACAGUCAUUCAUUUCAACAACCCCAAGGUCCAGGCCUCCCUAAAUGCCAAUACCUUUGCUGUGUCUGGCCAUGCAGACAACAAACAGAUCACAGAAAUGCUCCCAGGCAUCCUAAACCACUUGGGUGCAGAAGGCUUCAACCAGCUCAAGCGACUUGCCUCAUCCGUCAAUGCUUCAGGUAGUGUACCUUCUGGAGGAGCUGAUGACGAUGACGAUGAUGUCCCAGAGCUUGUUGAAGACUUUGAAGCAGCUAGCAAGACAGAGACAGACACAAAAAAAUCUGCAGUUGUUGCUGGUGAGAGUAAAGAGGCAGAUGAUGAUGUGCCUGAGUUGAUUGAGGUUGAGCCAGCUCCCGCCAAAGAAGACAAGGUAGAAGCCCCAGCUAAAGAGGAGAAGGAUGCUGCACCUGCCAAAGAGAAGGUUGAGACUCCUGCUGCUGCACCUGCUAAGGAAGAAAAGAAAGAAGAAGCUCCUGAAAAACAGGCCCCUAAAGAACAGCAGAAGAAAAAGGGUGCAAAGGGAGAGCCCAAAAAGAAGGGUGCCCCUGCCAAGGAAGAGGCAUCUGCCCCUGCCCCUGCAAAGGAGGAAACCAAGAAGGGAGCCCCUGCCCCUGCAAAGGAGGAACCCAAGAAGGAAGCCCCUGCCCCUGCCAAGGAGGAACCCAAGAAGGAAGCCCCUGCCCCUGCCAAGGAGGAACCCAAGAAGGAAGCCCCUGCCCCUGCAAAGGAGGAACCCAAGAAGGAAGCCCCUGCCCCUGCCAAGGAGGAACCCAAGAAGGAAGCCCCUGCCCUGCAAGGAGGAACCCAAGAAGGAAGCCCCUGCCCCUGCCCCUGCCAAGGAGGAACCCAAGAAGGAAGCCCCUGCCCCUGCCAAGGAGAACCCAAGAAGGAAGCCCGCCCCUGCCAAGGAGGAACCCAAGAAGGAAGCCCUGCCCUGCCAAGGAGGAACCCAAGAAGAAGCCCUGCCCCUGCCCAAGAAGAAGCACCUGCCUGCCCCAGCUGCAGUAAAGGUUCCUGCUCCUGCCCAGCCAGCCCCAGCCAGCCAGCAAAGGUCCAGCCCCCCCUGCCCUGCCCCUGCCCCUGCCCAGGCACCUGCCCAGCCCAGCAAAGGUUCCUGCCCCUGCCCCCUCAGGCACCAGCUGCAGCCCCUGCUCCUGCCCCUGCCCAGGCACCAGCUGCAGCCCUGCUCCUGCCCUGCAGGCCUGCAGCCCUGCUCCUGCCUGCCCCAGCCCAGCAAAGGUUCCUGCUGCCCCCCCCCAGGCACCAGCCCAAGCACCAGCAAGCACCAGCCCAAGUACCAGCCCAAGUACCAGCCCUGCUCCAGCUGCUGCUCCAGUUCCACCCCAAGCACCUGCUCCUGCCCAAGCUAAAGCACCAGUACCUGUUGCUGCACCAGUCCCAGCACCUACCCCUGCUGCAGCCCCUACCCCAAGCCAAACUCCUGCCCCUGCACCUGCACCUGCUCCAACCCAAGCACCAGCCCCUGCCCCUGCCCCUGCCCCAACACAAGCACCUGCUCCUGGUGGGCAGCCAAGUAAACAGGCCAAGAAACAGAAGGGCAAGGGGAAGUAGGCUGAAAAGAAGCCUGCAGUAACAGAGAAUGAGGAGGAAAAGGAAGAGGCUAAGAUCAAAGAGGUCAAAGAUGAAGAAGAGGAACCUGUAAAA